AUGCAGACCAAGGCCAUCAUCUUCGCGACUGCCCUCGUGGGCUCCGUCGUCGGCCAGGCGCCCCCGCCGGCCGAGUUGGGCUCGGGCUCCAGGGCCUACUCUGCGGUGCCGCCGCCGCCGACCACCAGGCCGGAUGAGUGGGAGCAGUCGUGGGGCUCGCACGACUGGCACCGCCCUUCUUCGUCGGAGGAGCGCUCUCGCAGCUCGCACGACUGGCGCCCAACGUCGUCCGAGGAGCACUCGUGGCCCUCUGCGAGCCGUCGCCCUACUUCGUCCGAGGAGCACGCUUGGAGCUCGCACGACUGGCGCCCUACUUCGUCGGAGAAGCACACUUGGAGCUCGCACGACUGGCGCCCUACCUCGUCCGAGAAGCACUCGUGGACCUCUGUGAGCCGUCAUCAUACUACUUCGUCUGGGCAGCACACUUGGCGCACCGCCAGCCGUGAACCCCAUGCCUCCGUCGUCACCAAGACCAAGGUCGUCAGCCGCUACACCACCUACUGCCCUGAGCCUACCACCGUCAGCAUCGGCACCAAGACGUACACCGUGACUGCGCCCACCACCCUGACCAUCACCGAGUGCCCCUGCACCGUUACCGAGACGCACAAGAGGCCUCCUCGGCCUCACACCAAGGAAGUCUCUCGCCCUGCUCACACCGAGGAAGCUUCUCGUCCUCCUCACACCAAGGAAUUUUCUCGCCCUCCUCACACCGAGGAAUUCUCUCGUCCUCCCCACACCAAGGAAGCUCGUCCUUCUCACACCAGGGAGGCUCCCUCCAAGCCGCCUGUCCAGACCACCGGUGCUCCCCAGCCUCCCCCAGCUGCCACCACGACGGGCGUCGUCGUUGCCGGCGCCGACGGUCUCACCGCGGCCUACGGCUUCGCCAUGGCUGCCGCCGGUCUUGUCGGUGGUGUUUUCGCCUUGUAA